UUAACAUGUAAAUUUUCUUCUUGUAGGAAAACAUUUGUGCAUUAUGUGACACAGCAAUAGAUAUUGACAUUGUAAUGGACCAUGAGUGUUACAAAGGAUAUACUAAAAUCCAUGUUGAUGAUGCAGGCUACAUAUAUCCACAGCUUGAUAAUGGUAUGAUUGUCGACCCAAAUGAAAUUCAUGAUGAACCAUUGACCGAGAUUCUUAGGAAUGAAAUGUUGAUUAGCGAAGUCCAAAAGCGAGAAGCCUUAUGGAAUUUUAAAAUUCCUGUUACCGAAAGGGGCAGGAGUAUUAUUCAGAUAUUAUGGGAGGAGGUAGUGUCUGCUAUGAAUGGUAACAUCAAAGAUGUUAAUGAGGCCAAGAAUAUAUGGAAAAAACUUCGUUACAAUUACAGCCGAAUUUUAAUAGAGCAAUAGCAAGAAAAGCGGUUCAGCUGGUAGUGGAAUGAAAAAAAAUAAAUGGCCAUACUAUGAAAUGAUGGCUUUCACUAAAGAUCUCUUCAUCGAGAAUAGAAAAAGAAGUUCCAAUGUAUCAAUAUUAAAACUGUACAAUGAUGAUUCGGUUGCAUCAACCAGUUCAUCUUCGUCAGUAUCAGAAACAGAGGCAAAAAAGAAACGUCGCUCAUCCGAGUCAAACGAAACAAUAUUAGCAAAACUCACUUCUUUGUUGGAUGCACCUCUACCUCCACCGCCUGAACUUGUCUUACCACCAUUACCUGCUAUGCGACCGCAGAACGAUGAGAUAGAAAACGUGAUAGGACUAGUUCGGGCAGCGUUAAACAGAAUACCUCUUUCAAAGAGACAUCACUAUAUUUUAGAAUUACUUACAUUUUUAUAUUCACGCGAAAACUCUUACAAAUAAAAAAUAUUGUCAAAAAUUAUUUAAAAAAUGAAGGAAUAUGUAUUAAGUAAAAUGUAUAUU